AUUCCCUUUUCUUAAGGCCCCCUUUUUCAGCCCCUAUGGUAGGAAGUCGUACUGAUAGUGAUUUCAAGUAUUCAUCAUCAGAUGGAGGUGGAGUAGGUAAUUCAAGAUGGUUUACUUAUGAAGAGCUAGUCCAGGCAACAGGUGGGUUUUCGUCGAAGAAUCUUUUGGGGGAAGGUGGAUUUGGUUGUGUGUACAAAGGCACCCUUGCAGAUGGAAGGGACGUAGCUGUUAAACAACUUAAAGUUGGUGGUGGACAGGGAGAACGAGAGUUCAGAGCAGAAGUUGAGAUUAUUAGCCGAGUACAUCAUCGACAUCUGGUUUCCCUGGUCGGUUUUUGUAUCUCCGAUCAUCAAAGAUUGCUUGUCUACGAUUAUGUUCCAAACAAUACCCUUCAUUACCAUCUGCACAGUGAGAACAGGCCAGUUUUGGCUUGGGCCACACGUGUUCAAAUUGCUGCUGGUGCUGCCCGUGGAAUUGCUUACCUUCAUGAAGAUUGCCAUCCGCGCAUUAUUCACAGGGAUAUUAAAUCGUCUAACAUUCUGCUCGAUAUCAACUUUGAAGCUCAGGUUGCAGAUUUUGGGCUUGCUAAAUUAGCAUUGGAUUCACAUACACAUGUAACAACCCGUGUUAUGGGAACUUUUGGAUACAUGGCUCCAGAAUAUGCAACAAGUGGGAAAUUGACGGAUAAAUCUGAUGUUUUCUCCUAUGGGGUUGUUCUUUUGGAGCUAAUUACUGGUCGCAAGCCUGUCGAUUCUUCUCAGCCUCUAGGGGAUGAGAGCUUAGUUGAAUGGGCUCGACCGUUGCUUGCACAAGCCCUUGAGGAUGAGAAUUUUGAAGAACUGGUGGAUCCAAGGCUGGACAACAAUUAUGUCGACCGAGAAAUGUUUCGGAUGAUUGAAGCAGCCGCUGCUUGCGUUCGUCAUUCAGCCGUAAAAAGGCCAAGAAUGAGUCAGGUGGUGAGAGCUCUAGAUUCUUUAGAUGAAAUGUCAGAUCUUGCAAAUGGGGUGAAACCUGGGCAAAGUGGAGUGCUUGACUCAGCAGAACAUUCUGCCCAGAUCAGACUAUUUCAGAGAAUGGCUUUUGGCAGUCAAGAUUACAGUCUUGCGUACUCCGAUCGAGAUCGAAGUCGAAGUCGAAGUCAGAGUCAAAGUAGUUGGAGUAGAGAAUCCAGAGAUCAAAGUCCCUCGGCGCCCAUUAACCCAUCUCGGCAAUGGAACAUCUAAUACAUGUAUGAAGUUAAAUUAUUCUACAUUCUCUUGCAGAUCUUGCAGCUGGAACUGGAAUCAGGGCCUACCAUUUCAAAUCUUUGUAAAUCUCUGCCCAAAUCUUCCCGUCUCAAAUUUUCUUCCUGUUCUUGUUUCCCUCAUUGCUAACAAGGUUUUGCCAUGAAAAUAAAGCUUGUUAUUUUUUGUAUUCUCUACAAUUUGGGGUUGAUAUUUUAUAAUGCUACACCAUUUCUUGUAUUUCCAAUUUUGAGGAGUAAAGUAACUGCAGAUGUACACUAUUCUUUGUACACUUUUUACAAA